AUGCGCUCUUGUUCUCGACACGCACAUGCACGUGUCAUCACGCGCAGUGAUGACGAGCGCGAGCACGCCAACCUGCUGAUGGCGCAGCAGAACCGCCGCGGCGGCCGCGUCUACCUCGCACCCAUCUCGCGUCCGGUGUCUGAGUUCUUUGACGAGGCCAAGGGUGACGCCCUCAACGGCGUGGAGAUGUCGCUGGCCCUCGAAAAGCUCAACUUCCUGAAGCUCAGGCACCUGCACGCCGUCGCCAGUGAGGAGGGGGACGCCGAGUUCACGCAGUUCAUCGAGGACAACCUGCUGCGCCCCCAGUCCACUGAGGUCAAGCAAGCCGCGGACCUCUUCAGUCGCGUCAGGCGCGCGGGCCCGGGCCACGGCGUGGUCCACAUUGACAUUGAGCUGCAGAGGCGCUACGGUUCCGGGCUGGACGGCGGCGGCGGUGACGGCAACGGCGCGGCGGCUUGA